AUGAAAACAGAUCAGGAUCAUGAUUCAUUUAUUGGAAUCAAAUCAUUACCAAGAAUCUGUAAUCUUGUAAUAUUGGGGCAGCCACAAGCUCAAGAUUUAACUCAAGAGAACUGCAGGGGGAGGAAGGAAAAUCUUGCCCGUGCUAUGGAGCAUGAGUCAAAUGGAAAUUCUUCUGCUGCUUAUGAGUGCUAUAAGAAAGUUGUUGACAUUUCACCUUCAAUUGCGCAUGAGUUAAUCCAGGUGUUAAAGCAGGAGAAUAUAAGUUAUGUUGUGGCUCUUUAUGAAGCAGAUGCUCAAAUGACCUUCUUGGCAGUCAGCAAACAAGUUGAUGCUGUUAUCACAGAGGACUCAGAUUUGAUACCAUUUGGAUGCCCCAGGAUUAUUUUUAAAAUGGACAAAUUUGGGCAAGCUGUUCAGUUUCAGCAUUCCAUGCUACAACAGAACAAGGAUUUGAGUUUUUCUGGAUUUACAAAGCAAAUGAUUCUUGAAAUGUGCAUUUUGAGUGGCUGUGACUAUCUGCAGUCAUUACCAGGAAUGGGACUGAAAAGGGCUCAUGCACUUAUAAAACGAUUUACAACUUACGACCAGGUGAUAAAUCACCUAAGAUACAGCAUUUCUUCGGUUCCACCUCUUUAUGAAGAAUCAUUCAAGAAAGCACUACUGACCUUUCAGCAUCAACGUGUUUACGAUACAAUUACCGAAAAAAUUGUUCAUUUGUCUGACAUUUAUGAGAAUAUUGAGGAUGAUGGGGAUUUCUUAGGGCCAAUGAUACCUCAAGAUAUAGCUAAAGGUAUAGCUGAAGGUGAUCUUGAUCCAUUCACCAAAAUGCCAUUUCAGGGGACUGCUAGAUUUGGAAGUGUAAAGAAAAAGCUAGAUUUUCCUGUACAGAAGAAUCUUCUGACUCAGUACUUCUGUAUCCUUCUAUUCCUUUUUCCCUGGUUUGUGUAUGUAAUUUUAGUAUGA